AUGAAGAGCCUCCUAUCCGCCCUGUUACUCUCCGUCGGCCUCGCGGCGCCCGCCGCCGUCGCGCAGGUCGUAGGCUCCCCUUGGGGUUUCGCCACGGGCGUCACGGGCGGCGGCAACGCGAAGCCCGUGUACCCGACGACCAACGCGGAGCUCGUCGCCCUGCUCGGCAGCUCGCAGCCGCAGGUCAUCGUCCUGACCAAGACGUUUCAGUUCGUCGGCACCGAGGGCACCACGACCGCCGAAGACGGCUGCGCGCCCUGGGGCCAGGCCGCCGGCUGCCAGCUGGCCAUCAACGCCAACGGCUGGUGCGGUAACCGGCCCCGCGUCCGGGUCACGUACGACACCGCCGGCACGAAGCCCAUCUACGUCAAGUCCAACAAGACGCUCGUCGGCCAGGGGAGCGCCGGCGUCAUCAGCGGCAAGGGGCUAUACCUCUCCGGCGUGUCCAACAUCAUCAUACAGAAUAUUCAAAUCACCGACUUGAACCCCAAGUUCGUCUGGGGCGGUGAUGCCCUUACCUUCUUCGGCUCCGAUCUUGUCUGGAUCGACCAUGUUCGCACCUCAAAGAUUGGCAGACAGCACUACGUCACCGGCUUCGGAGGCAACAAGAGACACACCUGGUCCAACAACUACAUCGACGGCAGGUCGGACUUCUCGGCCAGCUGCGACGGCCGCCACUACUGGGGCAUCCUCGUCUCAGGCGACGGCGACGAGAUCACCUUCCAGAACAACUACGUCCACUACACCUCCGGCCGCAGCCCCGCCCUGAGCGGCAACUCCAUCUUCCACGCCGUCAACAGCGUCUGGUCCGACAACAACGGCCACGCCCUCGAGGGCGGCUCCAACGCCCGUGGCCUCUUCGAGGGUUGCUACUUUGACAAGAUCAAGGAGGUCGCCGGCACCAACCUCCAGAACAAGCUCUUCAGCGCCAGCCCCGCCAACCGCGCCCAGUGCCAGGCCGCCCUCGGGCGCACGUGCCUCCCCAACGGCUACCGCAGCUCCGGCACGUUCCCCCACAGCGACGCGAGCCUCCUCGCCGACUUCAAGGGCCGCCGCAUCGCGCCCGCCGGGUCCGCCGACGAGGCCUUCCUCAACGUCCCCAAGAACGCCGGGAAUGGGAAGCUUUGA